AUCAAAUGGAUUAAGAUAGAGCUUGCCCACAUAUCGUCAGCAACUGGAGGGCGCUCUGUGUUGCGAUAGCGACGAAUCGGGGCUGGACGUGGAGAGGUUACAGCAAACAAAAAAUCGUGGUUGCGAGUCUUUGCAAUGUAAUGGACUCAGAGGAAAAGUCUGUCGCUGUCAGGGGUGAUUCAGGGCAAACCAAUGUAAACACCACGCCGUGGAGAAAAGGGUCUAGCCGCCCGGCGAAAGGCCUCUUCAGAAGAACACCUGUUAGAAUUUCAAGGAAUCUUAACACUGGCUUCAAAUCUCCGCUCCUGUCUCCAGGCACCCCCCGCUCCUCCAGAGUGGACCAGGUCAGCCUCCGAGAGGACAUUGAGGAGCUGAAGGGCAGACGGGAGGAGUUGAGCACACAGAUUGCACUGUUGGAGGCUGAAGGUUACAGUGUUGAAGAGCUGGACCAGCAUAUUGACCAGCUUCAUGAAUACAAUGACAUCAAGGACGUGGGACAGAUGCUGUUGGGCAGGCUGGCGACAAUCAGAGGUGUGACAACAAAGGAUCUGUAUGGAGAGUUUGGCUUGGAGCUGGAAGACUAGCAGUUCAUAUCCACAGCAGUUGUUUCAAGUGUAUGCCCUGGAUUGUGAAUAAAAGACAUGACGCUCUUGCUAGUUCAUGGCUUCCUAAGCCGGUCAUUCAUACCCUGUUACAGCUACAUUAUGACUACUAAUCAGUGUUACAGGAGUAAUGAAUGCAUUGCCAUAACAAUGAAACAUAUUUGUUUUUUUAAUUUACUGCACCACGUCUGUUACAGUACCCACCUAGGAGCUGGGUUCACAGCAUGAAUGGGGGGGCCUUGGCAUUCAACCCUUUAAAGAGUGGAAUCAACAGCGUGGUGUUGUUUUAUAAAGCAUGCUCCAAACAACAGUAGGAAAAAACAACUGAGGAGAGUCAAAGCUCAUAUUUUAUCAGUUGUUUUUUUUCUACAAACUUUUGUGUAGCUGUAAAGCAGCACUAUUGCAGUUACCCAAAGCAGCCCCCAGUGUCCCCGGUAAUGUGAAUAUCAAUGCACACCUCCAGUACAGACGUACCCCUUUCUUUGCCCACAGCACUGAACGUGCAGGGACCAUACCUGGGGGCCAAGUUUAGUGAAUCAACCCGACUACAGCCCAGAGAGCACAGGUGAAUUAAACAAUGUGAGUGUUGUUAAACUAUUGGCAAUAUAUUGCACCAAUAGUGAAAUAGGAUGUAAUUCUUACCAGCAGAGAUCUAUAUUUUGUUCCAAAUGUGAACAAUUACAAAUUAUAAUAAAGUAUCGAUUGUGUAUCAGUCAUGUUUGUUUUGUUAAAACUUGUCUUUUUAAAACUCAACAUUACCAU